GCUUUUCCCGCUUAGUAUAUCAUCUGCCGUGAUAAAUAUAAGGUGUAUAUAAUCUGUUGAAAUUUUAAAGAAAUAGCAGCUACUAGCGGUUGUAACGUCUACAAAUGCCUGAAUUAUUACUCUGAUGUUCUUUUGUGGGGGCAUGUACUCGUGAUGUAGAGAGGCGUUUUAAUGUCUUAUUUGUUAUAUUUUAACGUGAUCAGCUGGCUCCAAAAAAAGUCAUUUAGCAUAUCUGUAUGAUUAGCAUGUAGGAGCCUAAUAUAUGUGUUUAGUCAAAGACCAAUGACUUUUAAUGAGCUUCUCUUUUUUCUUUUUUCUUGCAAAUGGGUCUUUAUUAUUAAAAGCAGUGGCCUUACAUUUUCUUUGGGGCUUCCCCGGCUUUACUGUGAAACUCCCCACAGUUACUAGAAAAGCAGUCUCUAGGCCAUGCCCCUCCCAGGUGUGGGUCCAGCCAACUGAACCAAAGAUGCAGUGCGUCAGUGAAGCGUCACUGUGCAUCCUGCGCUCCAGAUGAACUUAACAAGAGUUAUUCACUGCUUGUUUACUGGAUCUCGUGCGAGUCGGAAACAUCGUCUUUAAAAAAAAAAUUGUUUAAAUGACAAGCUGACCUCCUGAUGUUUCAUUUUAGGGCGAGUAGCACAAGUCGAGCAUCAAAGAUGGAUUACAAAUAUGACAAUGGAGUAGAACUGUUGUUGGCUCACAUGAAUGUAGAAGACAUCAUCAACGCUGCAGAGACUCUGUAUCAGCUGGAGGAGGAAGAAAGGGGCUCAUCAUUCGAAGAGGAAGAUCUCUCCCAGGAGGAGAUGGACGAGAACGAGGAGGCAGUGGACUCGGUUGGCUCGGGGAGUCCGCAGAAGGACAACGCUGAUGGGGUUGGGGGUGUUCGGUACGGGGCUGUGGCAGACCUGCUUUCCUUUGUCAACUUUCUCUCCAGCAUGCAGGCGGCGGCGGCCCUGCAACACCUGCAGCACCUGCCUGAAGAGAUGGGCGUCCUGCUGAGCAAGAACGACAUGGCUGUGAAAAAAGGCCGCUACCAGAUCAACAUGGACGUGCUCCUGUUUCCGUGGAAGUUGACCUACAAAAACCACGGCUCUGGCCUCGUGCCCAAGGGUUCAUUUGGGAAAGUGCACUUGGCUCAGGACACCACCACCAGGAAAAGAAUGGCUUGCAAACUGAUCCCCUUAGAACACUUUAAAGCGGCGGACGUGGAGUUCCAGGCCCGGUUCCGCCACGAGAACAUCGCUGAGCUCUAUGGCGCCGUGCUCUGUGACCAGAGCGUCCACCUAUUCAUGGAGGCCGGGGAGGGCGGCUCGGUCCUGGAGAAGCUGGACAGCUGUGGGCCCAUGAGGGAGUUUGAGAUCAUCUGGGUGACCAAGCAGGUUCUGCGGGGCCUGGAGUUCCUGCACUCACACAAUGUCAUCCACCACGACAUCAAACCCAGCAACAUUGUCCUGAUGUCAGACAAGGCAGUGUUGGUGGACUUUGGCCUGACGGUGCAGAUGACAGAGGAUGUAUACAUUCCAAGAGACCUGAGAGGAACAGAGAUGUAUAUGAGUCCGGAGGUGGUUCUGUGUCGAGGUCAUAACACCAAGACAGAUAUCUACAGCCUGGGCACCACCAUCAUUCACAUGCAGACUGGUAGCCCUCCGUGGGUCCAGAGAUACCCACGCACUGCCUACCCAUCCUACCUCUACAUCAUCCACAAACAGGCCCCCCCUCUGGUGGACAUAGCGAAAGACUGCAGCCUGGCCAUGCGCACCUUCCUGGAGCGAGCCCUCGAGAGGAAUCCUGCUCUGCGGAGCUCGGCGUCCGCGCUGCUGAAGGACGAGGCCAUUAACCCACCCAGGGAGGACCAGCCGCGCUGUUGGAGCCUUGACUCAGCCCUGGAGGAGGUUACCCAAACCAUGCUCCGGCAGCAGAACCAGCAACAAGACACCACACAAGCAGAUUAUUCUCUGUACUCUGAGGACUCAGGCCAUAUGAGGAGGAAGGGCUCCUUGUACAUUGACCUUGGAGCCUUGUCAGGUUCCUGUAAACUGGUGACAGGGCCCCCAACCUCACAAUAUGGCUAGCACCAGACAACAGCUCACCUUUUAGGUGGAUGAACUAUAGUUAAAGCCAGCUGAUUAUUUACGUUUUAGCCUUUAUUUAUAGUAUAGAUUUACUGUUGGAGGACUGAUCAAUAGUUAAGACAGGUGGACAGCUGCAGGCAACAUUGACAAACUGCAAAUGUUUACAAGCCUCAAGAUAACUUGACAAUAAUGGAAUCAGCUCAACCUUAAUGCUGAAAUGGGCUGAUGGGACUCAACACUGCAGGGCAGUAGUUGGAAGAGAUGCCAUGUGUGUCAUUGAGCAUUAACUGUCAACUGUUGGUAUCAUUUCCAAGAGCUCCAUACGUUGUUCUAGUAAAUGCUAUAUUUCAGUUGGUAGUUAACAGUAAAAAAAUGCUGAUUUUUCUUCUCAUGAAACAAUAUCUAAUAGUCUUAGAAAAUAAUGAUUGUAUCACUUAAUAUUAGGGCUGUCAAUCGAUUUAAAAAAAUUAACUAAUUAAUCGCACAUUUUGAAAUUGCGAUUAAUUAAUCGGGAUUAAUCGCAAUUAAAAGUGAAAAGUUCAUUCUUUUUAAAGACAAAACUUCACACAGAGCUGUGUUUUCAAAGAGGCUCCUACUAUAAAGUGACAGCGAGGUAUUUAAUAUCGUGGAUGAUAAAUUGUUUCUUCAGUGAAACAUCAGAUUAGUAAAAAAAAAGAAGUAUAUUGAGACCCCAUUGGUCCUGUCAUCUUUAACACUGAACAGCAGAACCAGUGGCCUUGGGAACUGACUGACAUUCAAAUAUGUCACGUUAACCCUCUGGAGGCUGGGCUCAUUUUAUACAUUUUACAAAAACAAAAAAAAUUCACCGUUUAAAGUCGUUUGCGGCCAAAUUAAUCGCAUAGAUUAACGCGUUAACGCUGACAGCCCUACUUAAUAUGUAAGUUAUGUGAGCACUAUGCAAACAUGUAUGUGUAGUUCUUUAUGGACUUCCUCUUGUGAAUUCCUGUGGAAUAUUAAUAGCAACACAAUGCUAUGCAAAAGACAAUUCUGUGGGAUGCAUGUCAUAUUUGUGUAUUGUACAUCCUGUGGGAUGAGGCCUGCUGUGCUUUUUACCAAAAAACUAAAUUGUUACAAAUGUGUUACUUCUGUUUUUGAGCAUAUAAAUUGCCCAACUUUGAAUAUGUAAAAUGAAUGCAAUAAAGGCAAUACAAAAUAAAAUCCCA